GCGGAUGGCCGCAUGGCGGAGAAUGCGCAUCACAAGUUGGCUCUGCUCACGCACCUCGGCGACAAGAUGACGGUCUGCAUGUCAAAGAAUCAAGGCAAAGACCCCAGGUGCAAAUACCCGGCUGCGGACAUUGUGAACAUGUUCUGCGCGUCGCAGUAUUUGAAGAACGAUACGGAUUUGAAACGGACAUGCUUCUGGGCGAUCAGAGCUGUGCUUCCACAACAUCUCGCGCAGGAGUUCUGCAGCUCGAUCGAGGCAGAACGCGUCCAUGGGCGGGUGGCGAGCGAGGCCACUCUGUCACGGAUGCGAGGUCGCGUGGGCGUGGCCUGGAUGCUGGCAGCGAGGCGCGUCAUUGAAGGUUUCACAGCCGAUGACGACGGUGUCAUUCUGUACCCGAUUCCAGAUUCAAGCCCUCAAGGGGGCCGAGACUACCAGAUGACAGUGCUGUUGAUGAUUGGGAAGUCCUCAGUUCCGACGGCACAUCGCCUCGCAUGCGAACUCGAUCGCUGCAACAUCGAGAAGGCGCUCGACCAGCGAAUAGACGACUGGAGCUUCGAAGAGGACAUCAUGACGCAGAUCGAAGGGAUGUUCUUGAGGCACGCGGCCCCUGCAGUUCAAUUGGGUUUCGGGCGGACGAACUUAUCGGCGAAGUUCCACGCGAUCAUGCACCAGCUGUUUUUCCUCAGCCCAGAUGUUGCCACCUUCGCGCAGCUUGUGAAGGACGUGCCCGUCUGGCUGUCGGAUCAAGGCGCGGAGUCUGGGAUUGCCCGCAUCAAGCCCAUCAUUGUGGAGAAUGUGCUGUCCUACGUGCGGCCAGACGACGACGACGAGGAGGCACCGUGUUUGGCAACAACUGGCUUGAGCCCUGGCCCCGGCGGCCUGGAGACCUGGGGCAAGGGGGAGGGGAAGCGGCAAGACAUGAUCGACGUGAGCAGGAGCCUCGAGUUCAGCGGGGCGCUUCACUUGAACCACAAUGCUGGCAAACACCUUGCAGAUGUGAUGCCCGAUUACACGGAGGCUGUCAGGAGACUCAGUAAAGUGGCAGAGCUGUUGGACAACCCUGAGUGGAAGGAGCGGCUUGAAUCCACGUGCUGCUCAAAUUCGCCAGUCAUGAAGGUCUUGUUUGAGCCCAUCAAGAAGUUCAAGGGCCACUGCCACGUCGAGCGAUGGGGCACAGUUGCCAACACCGUACUCCACAUCACAGGCGACGUCGAGGCGGGCUUGCGUUGCGGCUGGGGCUGCCUCAAAUACAACCACGGCAAGAAGAACAUAAUCGUUCAUGGUGAUAACAACGACGUCGGCGGUGUCAAGUUGAAGGACCUAGAUGAGACCAUCAAGUCGCCGUUCUGGUGGGCUUACUGGCGCAUGCUGGACAGAAUUGCACAAGCACUGUUUGACAUGCUCAGGUGGUGCGCGUCGUGCUCUUGCCUUUUCGACUUGCUUGAGGAGUUGCGCGCGGGAGACCACGGCCACGACGAGGAGGUUGUCAAACGUGUUCGCGAUCGAGCCUCGAAGUGCCCGUUGAGAGGCAUGCGAUGCCAUGAUGUAUGCGCAGGUGGUCUUCUUGAUUAUGCGAAGCAGCGCCUGAGCUACCGCGUCGCAGAGUUCGCCAGUCAUCUGCCUAACGACAUCGGGCAGGCCGGUAAGCAGAGCAUCCUCGAGCAGUGUGAAAGUGGCAGGGCUCACAUUGUCGCCUAUUACACGGUCAAGUUGGAUGUAGCUGCCAAGAUCGAGCUCACCAGCGCCAACUUCAUCGAGCACCCGCGCGAGAUCCCUUUGAGCGAGUCCGACUGCGCCUGCAAGAGAGAUGCUUUUGUGAACCAUGUGAUUAACGCAUUGAAGGCUGACGGCACGGUGUACAGCAUGCCCAUUCAGCACAAUGCCAUCGUAGAGCUGCACAAGGUUUUUCAAGUAUUCGAUCCAGAACAGCAGCCUGUUGACGAGGGCACCCGGCAGGCGGCCCUGCCCCUGCCUCAGAGCGGUGUCGACGAGAUCCUGUUUUUCAAGGUCGUUAUUUCGGACGUCAGCCGCAUUCCCCGGCCGAAGAUAUCAGGCCAAGUACAAUUCGGAGGCGUCAAAGCCUUCGUGGUGCACAAGCUUCUGAGGCACAACGUGGCUGAACAUACUUGUGCAGUUAGCGCCAGCGCGGUGGGCAAGGAGUUUGGCGAUGCCGCUGAGCCAUGUGCUCUUCAUCCAGCUGCGCUCUCGCCAGAUAACUUGUCUAUUAUAUGUUCCUGGAGACGUUCCAACAACGAGUUCUUUGAGGUGAGAUUGCCUGAACACAUCGCGUCGCAGAUUCCAGUGGAGGAGAUGGAGAUGUUUGGGAUGGCGAUCCACGCGCUUCUGAAGUACCCGAACGGUUGCAAUCGGGAGCAGGUCGUGCCUGAACAUCCCCUAGGGCCAAACCAGGAGCUCAUGCAUGCGCUGUGCAAAUUGGGCCUCUGGGAAGGACCGCCGUACAAGAUCACCGUCAUGGGGAAGGCACUCCUUGAAGUCGGCAUCGGCUUGAACUGCCCAUCGCCGCUGCUGAUGCCGCACAAACGCACCGAUGACAUCGACGAGGCAACCCUCGCACAGCUGAUCUUGUGCAUGGAGGAGACGGGCUGGGUGAACUUCGACUUAUCAACGUCAAG